AUGUGGCACUCCCCCUUUUUCACCGCAUUCACCCUUUUUCUAGGUUUCUUUACUCUUACUCUGGCCCUACCAACAAACAGUCUUGCAACUACUGGCCGUUUUACAGUCGAGCAAAGGCUCAUAAAAACCUUUGAAUCGAAUUGGCCGCCGAAAGAACUAUGGAGAGGCCUCAGGAAACAUCACAGACCUCUACCACCAGCUGUCUCUCGCAUAGCUACGCACAGAGGCCCUUCUGCCAAUGGUACCGUCAAAGUUACUCCUGAUGAGUACAAUACUGAGUUCGUUAAUGAAAUUACAAUCGGAAAUAAUACUCUCUUCGUUGAUAUUGACACUGGUUCUUCUGAUUUCUGGGUUUUUUCGUCCCAACUUCCGGAACGAUCACAGCUGAACCAUCGCAUCUAUCAUCCAGAAAAAACAGGAACAAAACUCUCCAAACAGAUUUGGGAAAUCGGUUACGGUGAUGGAACUGGAGCUGCUGGAAAUGUAUUCUUAGACAAAGCCAGUCUCGCCGGAUUGGAAGUGCCUUCCCAGGCUGUGCAAGCAGCGACAUGGGUUAGUUAUCAAUUUGCAGACCAAACAGUUACAGACGGGGUUAUUGGUUUUGGAUUUGAUCAUUUUAAUGGAGUAACACCAAAGAAGCAAAAGACUUGGUUUGGGAAUAUUAUGGAGAGGCUCGAAAAGCCUAUCUUUACUGCUUGUCUUAAACAUAAGGCUCCUGGGUUCUAUGACUUCGGUUUUAUUGACAGAACGAAGCAUAUCGGGAACCCUAGCUAUCUUCCUGUUGAUAAUUCAAGAGGAUGGUGGGAAACUACCUUCAAUGGAUUUUCUACUGGGCGCAAUGAUAAUUCUACAUAUCGAUUUAGAGCGGUUGUUGACACUGGAACUACGUUCUCGCUUCUACCCAGGGAAAUUACCGAGCAAUACUAUUCCUUGAUCACCGGUUCGACAUUUGAUAGAGAGAAUGGAGGCUGGACAUUUCCAUGCAACACAACCCUGCCAGAAUUUGCAAUUCAUAUCAAUGACUAUAAAGCCAUAGUGCCCGGUGAGCAUAUUAACUGGGCACAGAUCCCAGGAACCAACACAUGCUUUGGGGGAAUUCAGUCGGUGGACCGGUCACCUGCUGUGCUUGGGGGAUCAUUUUUAAAGAGUCAAUUCGUUAUUUUUGACCACGAUGGUCCUAAGAUGGGGUUCGCAGCUCAGCGAUGA